AUGCCCACCGCGGGCAAGGCGCCCGCACCUCCCGGCUCGUGGCGCGCCCACGACGAGGAGGCGGCGCACAAGUACGCGGCCCGCCGCUCGUCGGCCGGCGUCAGGCGCAACCUGGUCGAGAAGCGCGGCUCCUUCGUUGAUGAAAGGUCGAUCUCGGCGGCGAGCGAGGAGAACCGCGAGGCGUGGCGGACGGCGUCCAAGCUCAUGCGCGGCGCAAAUACGGCGGUGACGCAGCUCGACGGCCCGGCGUGGGUCGCCGGGCUCGCGCCGCUGCAGCAGCCGGCGGUGCCAGAGCUGCUGUGGUCCGAUUUGGGAGGCUCCGGCUUCACGCCGAACCUGGACACCAUGACAAAGAUGGGCGAGGGCGAGUUUUGCACGGUGCACGUCACGCUCGCAGAAGGCGCCGACCGCGCCGUCAAGACGCUGAGGCGGAGCCGGGAGGGCGGCGAGGUGGCGUGCGCCGAUCUGCUUCGCGAGCUGACGGUGCUGUCUCGCGCGCGCCACCGAAAUGUCAUCCGGCUCAAGGCGCACGGGCAGCGGCCCUCGCUGGUCGACCCGGGCAGGCUCGGCUCGGUCCCGUUCGGCUGCCUGGAGCUGGUCGAACCCCUCUCGAAGCAGCUGCCGCCCGAGGACCCGGGCAACGUGAUGCCGUGGGUGCGCGCGCAGGGGGUGAAGCGGUGGCCGGUGCAGCGCGGGCUCGACGUUGCGCUGCAGAUCGCACGCGCGCUCCGCUACUGCCACGACGAGUACAUGCCCGGCUACCGCCUCCUGCACCGCGACCUCAAGCCGACCAACAUCGGGCUCGCGCGGGGCGGCCGAGUCGUGCUGAUGGACUUUGGGCUCUGCAAGCUGUGGCAGCGCUCCGCGCGCGAGGAGGAGGGCGAGGGGCGCUGCCUGACGGCGCAGACCGGCUCGCUGCGCUACAUGGCGCCUGAGGUCGCACUCUGCCAGCCGUACUCGCACAAGGCUGAAGUCUUCUCGUGGGCGUCGAUGGUCUUCGAGCUGACGGCGCACAAGAAGCCGUUCUUCUGGAUGGAGCCAAAGACGUACCUCUCCGAGGUGUGCGAGGGAGGGCGGCGCGCCGCCUUGCCCGCCGCCGUCGAGGCUCUGCCCGAGCUGCAUGCGGCCGUCCUCGCCUGCUGGUCCGCAAGUCCGGCGGCCAGACCCGACUUCGCGAAAGUCGUGCCGGUGCUCGAGGCGGCGCUUGCGCAGCUGCCGCCCCUCCCAGAGGUUGUGACCGAACGUCGGGACGACGGCAUGUCGUGCUGCGCCAUCUUAUAAUCGGCAGGCGCGGGACCGAGGCGGGCUGGAGGCGGGACUCGCGAGGGCCAUGGAUGGACGCGCCGUAGCACGCGGGGUGUGGGGUCUGCCGAGGCGGGCCGCAGUAAAGCCUGCGCACAUAGGGGAUCGGGGCGUGUGUCCUGUGUAGCCGUACGUUAAACGCGACUCUUGGACGGGUGUGUGCAGCGUGGGGAGUGCACGUGCAUGUGCCUUGUUAUCUGUUCUCCCGGGCGGCGGGGGGCGCAUGUCGUACCAAGGCGCAAGGGAACUACGUACCAAGGGAACUGCGAUCUACGUGUACUAACGUGACUGAUUACUUGCCAUACUGGUAAUUUAGAGACGUAAUUCGUAAUUCAAAA